CAGGAACUGACGGCUGGCUGUAGCCUGGAUGCAUCAGAGACGAUGGCAAAGCCUUCCCACACGUACCAGGUUCCAGCAACCCACCCUAGCCCCGCAAUUCCUCCUCGCUCACUCCCACCCCCAGCAGCGCACCCGCAAACGGCAAGGAGGCGUGCCCGCCGCGGCGCGCGUCACUUUCCCCCGGACCGACUGGCUCCGCCGCGGCUCUCCCCGCCCCGGCCUCCGCCUCCACGUCUUGGGGCCGGGCCGGAAGGGAGACCUCACCGCCUGCUUCCCUCUGCCGCGGUAGCACAGGCUCAGAGAUGGCGGCUCCAGAAGGCAGCGGUCUAGGCGAGGACGCCCGGCUGGACCAGGAGACGGCCCAGUGGCUGCGCUGGGACAAGAAUUCCUUAACUUUGGAGGCAGUGAAACGACUAAUAGCAGAAGGUAAUAAAGAAGAACUACGAAAAUGUUUUGGGGCCCGAAUGGAGUUUGGGACAGCUGGCCUCCGAGCUGCAAUGGGACCUGGAAUUUCUCAUAUGAAUGACUUGACCAUCAUCCAGACUACACAGGGAUUUUGCAGAUACCUGGAAAAACAGUUCAGUGACUUAAAGCAGAAAGGCAUCGUGAUCAGCUUUGACGCCCGAGCUCAUCCAUCCAGUGGGGGUAGCAGCAGAAGGUUUGCCCGACUUGCUGCAACCACAUUUAUCAGUCAGGGGAUUCCUGUGUACCUCUUUUCUGAUAUAACGCCAACCCCCUUUGUGCCCUUCACAGUAUCACAUUUGAAACUUUGUGCUGGAAUCAUGAUAACUGCAUCUCACAAUCCAAAGCAGGAUAAUGGUUAUAAGGUCUAUUGGGAUAAUGGAGCUCAGAUCAUUUCUCCUCACGAUAAAGGGAUUUCUCAAGCUAUUGAAGAAAAUCUAGAACCGUGGCCUCAAGCUUGGGACGAUUCUUUAAUUGAUAGCAGUCCACUUCUUCACAAUCCGAGUGCUUCCAUCAAUAAUGACUACUUUGAAGACCUUAAAAAGUACUGUUUCCACAGGAGCGUGAACAGGGAGACGAAGGUGAAGUUUGUGCACACCUCUGUCCAUGGGGUGGGUCAUAGCUUUGUGCAGUCAGCUUUCAAGGCUUUUGACCUUGUUCCUCCUGAGGCUGUUCCUGAACAGAAAGAUCCGGAUCCUGAGUUUCCAACAGUGAAAUACCCGAAUCCCGAAGAGGGGAAAGGUGUCUUGACUUUGUCUUUUGCUUUGGCUGACAAAACCAAGGCCAGAAUUGUUUUAGCUAAUGACCCGGAUGCUGAUAGACUUGCUGUGGCAGAAAAGCAAGACAGUGGUGAAUGGAGGGUGUUUUCAGGCAAUGAGUUGGGGGCCCUCCUGGGCUGGUGGCUUUUUACAUCUUGGAAAGAGAAGAACCAGGAUCGCAGUGCUCUCAAAGACACGUACAUGUUGUCCAGCACCGUCUCCUCCAAAAUCUUGCGGGCCAUUGCCUUAAAGGAAGGUUUUCAUUUUGAGGAAACAUUAACUGGCUUUAAGUGGAUGGGAAACAGAGCCAAACAGCUAAUAGACCAGGGGAAAACUGUUUUAUUUGCAUUUGAAGAAGCUAUUGGAUACAUGUGCUGCCCUUUUGUUCUGGACAAAGAUGGAGUCAGUGCCGCUGUCAUAAGUGCAGAGUUGGCUAGCUUCCUAGCAACCAAGAAUUUGUCUUUGUCUCAGCAACUAAAGGCCAUUUAUGUGGAGUAUGGCUACCAUAUUACUAAAGCUUCCUAUUUUAUCUGCCAUGAUCAAGACACCAUUAAGAAAUUAUUUGAAAACCUCAGAAACUACGAUGGAAAAAAUAAUUAUCCAAAAGCUUGUGGCAAAUUUGAAAUUUCUGCCAUUAGGGACCUUACAACUGGCUAUGAUGAUAGCCAACCUGAUAAAAAAGCUGUUCUUCCCACUAGUAAAAGCAGCCAAAUGAUCACCUUCACCUUUGCUAAUGGAGGCGUGGCCACCAUGCGCACCAGUGGGACAGAGCCCAAAAUCAAGUACUAUGCAGAGCUGUGUGCCCCACCUGGGAACAGUGAUCCUGAGCAGCUGAAGAAGGAACUGAAUGAACUGGUCAGUGCUAUUGAAGAACAUUUUUUCCAGCCACAGAAGUACAAUCUGCAGCCAAAAGCAGACUAGAAUAGUCCAGCCUUGGGUAUACUUGCAUUUACCUACAAUUAAGCUGGGUUUAACUUGUUAAGCAAUAUUUUUAAGGGCCAAAUGAUUCAAAAUAUCACAGGUAUUUAUGUGUUUUACAAAGACCUACAUUCCUCAUUGUUUCACGUUUGACCUUUAAGGUGAAAAAAGAAAAAUGGCCAAACCCAACAAACUAACAUUCCUACUAAAAAGUUGAGCUUGGACAUAUUUUGAAUUUUUGUAAGUGAAGAUUUUUAAACUGACUAACUUAAAAAAAUAGAUUGUAAUUGAUGUGCCUUAAUUUGCAUAAAUCAUAAAUGUAUGUCCUCUCUGUAAUUGUUUUAAUGUGUGCUUGAAAUAUCCAGAAAACCUAUGGAGUUAGUAAAUUCUGGACUGUCAUAUGUAGGAUAGCCACUUUUUAGGUAUAUGUACAUUUAUAUUUCUAUCAAUUCCUUAGAAAGUAAAAUAAAUGAAUAGAUCAAAUGUUGUGUUCAUGUUUGGGGAAAAUAUAAUUUGCAGAAACCUAUGAAGUAGAGCAAAGAUGCUUUAAAAAGAUAAUUUUUUUUGAACUAAAUUUUUUUAGUUCUAAUAAUGCACAUAGGAUAUUAGUACAUCGUACAUGUGCUAGGAAAAAACAGCUUCAGUGUCUUUGUUCAAUGUGUUGAAACUCAUCUUUUUAAAUCUUGAAAAACCAAUUGUUUACUUGAAACUUGAAAGUAGCGUAUUUUUCUGUUUUUUUGUUUGUUUGUUCGUUUGUAUUAGCACAAUUUAAUGUAAUUCCUGGUUUGGAGGCAGCAAGACCUAUGAGCAAGAACUAUUUACUUGACCCUCGUUUUUUUCUCUUGUUCUUGUGUGGUCUGAAAUCUAAAACUAGACUUUAUUAUGAUAGAUUUCCUAUAAGCCAAUUUCUAAUAACAAAUAGAUUUUUUAUUUAAUCUGUACCUUCUAUCUUCUCAUAAUUCGUGGUCUUACAGCCUUCCAAAAUAACUCCAGUUGGGCACCCAUGAGCUAGGACCAAACUUUCUUUAUAUACUUUAUAUAUUUUACAUUAUUUCUGAUUUUUAAAGCAAAUGAUUGCCAUUAUGAUUACACUCAACCUAAAUAGUUAUGAACAGUUUCAGAACAAUGAAAAAUUACAAUAGUAUGUGAUAGUAUUGUAACUAUUUUUCUAUUUUAGUCAUAUGUCGCUUAUAUCCUACCAGAACUCUUAAAUCUAUAAUAUUCAAUAUAUUCUACAAACUGCUUUAUUGUAGAAGCCAUAUUUAUGUUUAUUUUAUAAUGUUUUCUAGUGUCAAACUGUACUGUGGAGAAAAGAAAUGUUAGAUCUGU